GCCACGAGACGAGAAAAUUCGCGCGGCCGCUCGCCAUGUCGUCGCCGUCGCCGUCGCCGGCGCUGUGCGCCGCCUCCUGCUCCAGCCCGCUCCGCAUCGCGUCGCCUGCCGUGCGGUUCCGCCGCUCCGUCGUAUCCGCGGCGCGCGCGGCCCCGGCGGUCUCCGACGACCUCGUCCUCCGCAUCGCGGAGCAGCUGGAGGACUCGGUCGCGGCCUCCUCCCCGCUCCUCGACCCGGUCCGCUACGCCUCCGCUCUCUCCCUCCUCUCCACGCGCUGGCCCACCCGCCGCUCCAGCGAGGCCUACCGCUUCACCGACAUCUCCUACCUCCGUUCCCUCCCCAUCUCCCUCCCUUCCCAGGCCCCCGCCGUCGCGCCGCUCGCCUCACCCUACGCCUCCCACGUCCACUUCUCCGAUGGUGUCCUCACCUCCUCCUCCGGCGCCCACGUCGCCGCCCUGGCUGACCUCCCCGCUGGCCGCGUCCGGGACCGAGCGGCCGCUGCUCUCGCCGCCUCCGCGGAAUUCGCCGACAAGGACCUCUUCUACGACUUCAACGCCGUUGGCGCGAAGGAUGUCGCAGUCGUCCACGUGCCUGAGGGGGUCAGUAUGGCCGACGACCCGGUUCACAUCAUGUUCAGUUACAGCGGCUGUGGUGAUGGUAGCAUGAUGAUGUCGAACCCAAGGGUUCUGGUUGUGGCGGAGAAGGGGGCGGAGGUGGCCAUCAUCGAGGAGCAUUUUGGGGUGGGAGAAGAGGGGGGUGGAUGCUACUGGGCUAACCCGGUGAUGGAGAUCAUUGUGGAGGAGGAUGCAAAGGUGGUGCAUUCCUAUGUGCAGCAGCAGUCGGCUGCGGCUGCGCAUACGAAGUGGACCGUCGUACAGCAGAAUACAUCUAGCCACUAUGAGUUUGUUGAGGCAAGCAUUGGAGCCAGAUUAAACAGGCACAAUCUCCACAUCCAACAAUUGGGCCCAGAGACAAACACACAAUUGUCGACUUUCCACUUUUCGUGGCAGGAUAAGCAGAUACACGAUCUUCAUAGCAAGCUUAUACUUGAUCACCCAAGAGGUCGUUCACAUCAUAUCCAUAGAUGCAUUGCUUCUGGUAGAGGGAAUGGCAUAUUUGAUGGAAAUAUUAAAGUGAACAGAUAUGCACAACAGACUGAUGCAGGGCAAGAAACCAAGUGUCUUCUGCUGUCAUCGAAGGCGCUUGUUAAUGUAAAACCAAACCUUCAGAUCAUUGCUGAUGAUGUCAAAUGUACGCAUGGGGCUGCCAUCAGUGGUGAACAUGAUCCAAAUGCGAUCUACUUCUUCCGAGCAAGAGGCAUCGAUGUCAAAACAGCAGCUGAUGCCCUGAAUUUCGCCUUUGGAGCCCAUGUUAUAAACCAAAUCCCAUUUAAACCCAUAGAGAAAAAGACAUUAGCUUAUUUCAAGGAGUUGCUGACUUCCUUGAGACAAAAUGACGAAUAAGGCCCUCAUUAGUAUUGUGAAAUCAGAUCAACAGUUUUUUGGUUGAAGUUAGAAAGAUAAAACGAACAUUAGAAAAUUUUUGGUGAAACACGACGGGAAACAGAGGAUUGUUUCGCAAUGCUACGAGUUAUGCUAUUUCAGCCUGUAAAGUCAAUUUAUUUGUGAACCAACUGUUCAUUACAUGUUGGAUCGAGCAUACAUGAAGCUUCUGAGGCA